AUGGAUAUAAUUGGUAAAAUUACACUGUCUUCCGGAUCAGCAAAGCAUGCAUGGAUACUUGUUGCAACAGACUACUUCACCAAGUGGGUUGAAGCAAAGUCAUACAUUGAGUUAACUUCUAAGAAUGUCUGUAAUUUUGUAGAAGAAAACAUCAUGACAAGAUUCAGCAUACUGGAAAAAAUUAUAACGAACAACGGCACAAUUUUUACAACUAAAAGGUUUAAAGAAUACGCGAUGAGUUUGAAAAUUCGGCUCGAUCAAUCCACGCUAUAUUACCCACAAGCAAAUGGACAAGCUGGAGCAAGUAAUAAAGUUUUAAUCGGGACGACCCUAUAUGCAUUGACUUAUGCACACGACGCGAUGCUACCAGUCAAGCUAAGCAUAAACUCAUUACGAGUUAUCGAACAAAUCAGUUUGUUUAGUGCCGAGUAUAGUCAGGCCAUGAGGCAAAAGUUGGAGAACUUGGAGGAAGCUCGGCUCGAUGCUUAUUACUUACUGGUGGCGCAGAAAAAGAUUGCCCAAAGAACUUAUAAUUGA